AUGAUUAUAUUAAAUUUACGUUACCACUGGCGUUCCAACCGCCUUCUAUCUGCAAAGCUGAGAGAUAGAGAUAGAGAUAGAGAUAGAGAUGGAGAUGGAGAUGGAGAUGGAGAUGGAGAUGGAGAUGGAGAUGGAGAUGGAGAUGGAGAUGGAGAUGGAGAUGGAGAUGGAGAUGGAGAUGGAGAUGGAGAUGGAGAUGGAGAUGGAGAUGGAGAUGGAGAUGGAGAUGGAGAUGGAGAUGGAGAUGGAGAUGGAGAUGGAGAUGGAGAUGGAGAUGGAGAUGGAGAUGGAGAUGGAGAUAGAGAUAGAGAUAGAGAUAGAGAUAGAGAUAGAGAUAGAGAUAGAGAUAGAGAUAGAGAUAGAGAUAGAGAUAGAGAUAGAGAUAGAGAUAGAGAUAGAGAUAGAGAUAGAGAUAGAGAUAGAGAUAGAGAUAGAGAUAGAGAUAGAGAUAGAGAUAGAGAUAGAGAUAGAGAUAGAGAUAGAGAUAGAGAUAGAGAUAGAGAUAGAGAUAGAGAUAGAGAUAGAGAUAGAGAUAAAUCCCUUACACCUCUCGCCUUACACUUUAUCUUUAUUAUAGAUCAAUAUACUAUAUUUUUGGACAGUUAUUUUGGGAUUGGGGAGGGAAAGAAGGAUUGGUCCUUCGGUAAUCUCAUACACACGGUGAAACACAAUGCUGUGGAUGUUUCACGCCGGUCGAGUUGA